UAAACGGGAUCAGAUUCCCCAAUAAAUUAAAAAGGAGGAGGAAUAGAAUUUGGAAUACAGUCAGACAGCCUUGCGUUUAAAGAUAGAACAAUCAUAACGUCAUUUUCUCUGAAGAAAUAAGUCCAUGUGGCAGUUAUAAGCACAGCAAACUUGCUCUUCUUCCCAUCUCAAUCCUAAUCUCAAGAAAUUAGCUGCAUUUUUCUUCAAUCCAAAUAAAGAUUUAUUUUCUUUUGUGGGUGUUUGAUAUUUUUCAUUCGUUUUUUUUUUAUUAAAUUGAAAGAUGGAUGAUGGUGCGGUUGUGAGAAGGGUCAUUCCUUCUGAUAACAGCUGCCUCUUUAAUGCUGUGGGCUAUGUAAUGGAGCAUGACAGGAACAAGUCGUCAGAGUUGAGACAGGUAAUUGCAGCAACAGUUGCAAGUGAUACUGAGAAUUAUAAUGAAGCAUUUUUGGCAAAGAGUAACGAAGAGUAUUGUGCUUGGAUUCUUGAGCCAAAGAAUUGGGGAGGUGCCAUUGAGCUUUCAAUUUUAGCAGAUUAUUAUGGUCGUGAAAUUGCUGCAUAUGAUAUUCAAACAACCCGCUGUGAUCUUUAUGGCCAGGGAAAGGGCUAUACAGAACGAGUCAUGCUGAUUUACGAUGGUUUGCAUUAUGAUGCUUUAGCUAUGACCCCUUCCAAGAAUGCCCCAGAAGAAGUUGACCAAACAAUUUUCCCCGUUGAUAGAGAUGGUAAUAUUGGUUUUGUCCAAGUGCUAGCUGAGAGCCUGAUUGAAGAGACUAAAAGGCAAAGGAAUUUCACAGAUACUGCAAAUUUCACGUUGCGUUGUGGAGUCUGUCAGCAAGGAGUAGUUGGUCAAGCAGGAGCUGUCGAACAUGCCACAGCUACUGGUCAUAUAAACUUCCAAGAAUACUGAUGGCAGGUUUUGGUUUCCCAGUAACUGUUUGGCCUCUGAGGAAUCAAAUGCAGGGAUGGAUUGAACCAUACACUUUUACAGCAAGCCGAGGUGUUGAUUUAGUGGAGUUUGUGUGAACAAGCCUUGUAAAGCAUCAUAUGGUUUUCCUGUCAAAAUAAUGCUGUUCUCUUUUCACAGUGUUGUAGUUCUGUUGUGAAAUUGUAAUAAAAUCAAUUCUUUUUAAUAAGAUUAGAGACCAAAAUAUAUUCAAGAAAACUAUCGUGAUGAGUCUGAUGACAGGGUGAUAUGAAGGAAAGUACUUGCUUCAACAAAAUAAGCCAAAGUUUUCUAUUGUUACUGCAUUCGAAUGAUGUCUUCUCUUGCACUACCUCAUUGUUCAAGUUGGAUUUCAUAGUCACCAUCUCUUGCCGUGCCUCUUUCCUUAAACAUUAUGGCAAGCAAGAGACUACAUGGUGUUUAAGCAAGCAAAGUUUACUCUAUCAAUGAAUUUUAUAGGGUUAAAUCUCAA